AUGUCUUUCAUAGGUAGUGACAUUCCUAAGCUGCUUUGGAGAUCCCCAUCGACACAUCAUCUCAAUAAAUUCUGUAUCAAUGGUUAUGUCGGACAGCAACUGAUCGGAAGAUCAGAACCUAUUAGCUUUGUUGAGAAUGAAGCGCGUAAAAGAUCGAAUGACAUGGUAGCUCAGAUGGAUGACUUCGACUCCUUGGGAAUGUGGUUCGACGGUGUAGCUUAUGUGGACAAAAACCUUGACUCGUCGAUGGUUGAAACCAAGUCGAAAGAAUCUACCAUCGGAAUAGUAGGUGCAGGUAUGAGUGGACUCAUGGUUGCUUUACUUCUCGAUAGCGUUGGUAUCCAUAACUGGGAGAUAAUAGAAUCAAGUGACAGAAUUGGAGGUAGACUCUAUACCGAAUAUUUCAAUAACACAAAGCCAGAUGAAUAUCAAUAUCAGGAAAUGGGAGGAAUGCGGUUCCCUGUCUCAUGGACAAAAAACGGUCAAACGGUUGAGAUCAACGAUCACAAGCUCGUCUUCCAAUUGGGCGAGUAUCUCAAUAAAAUUAAUAACAACGACCCCGCAUGGAAAGUUGAAUUCAUACCAUGGAUACAAAGUAUGGAAAAUAACUUCAGAGAUUCAAACGGUGUGAGGUUGUCAGAUGGUUCAAUACCCCGCGUCAAUGACAUUGCUGCAAAUCCCUCAUUAGGCGAAAGUAUGAUGUCAGCUAAUGCAAAAUCCGCCAAAGCACUCAUCUCGAACAUCACGGAUAAUGUAGAUUUGCAGAAACUGACAGCAGAAAAUGUCUUCAAAGCACAUAGGACACAAAUAGAUCUCGGUUACGAUGAUGUUAGUGAGGCUGGGUUAUUGCAAAAAUAUGGUUAUGAUUUGAUGACUGCACAAGAAGCCUCAGGGUAUGAUUUUGUGUCUCUUUGGGAUUUAAUAUAUGAUGAGAACAACUACUUCGGAGCGACAGAUUGGAAGGCUGUUGACAAGGGCUCUGCGCAACUUCCAAAUGCUUUCCAUCCCCUUAUCGACGGCAAAAUUAGUUAUAAGAAGCGGAUCAACAAGAUUGCAACAGCUGAUGAUAAAGUCAGGCUCGAAUGGAAUGAUGAAGCAAAUGGCAACAAAAAGGAGAGCAAGGAAUUUGACUAUACGUUUGUCGCAAGUCCUUUCUCGGUUGUGAGACAAUGGGAUCUUCCAAAGUUCGAAGACUCCGUAAUAAAAAAUGCUAUUGACAAUUUAAACUACGGUUCUGCGUGCAAGACAGCCCUGCAAUUCAAGACUCGAUUCUGGGAACACGGUGAAAAGCCGAUUGGGGGAGGUUGCGAUAAUACUGAUCGCUAUUACGGAAUAAGAAAUGUCUGCUAUCCUCCAUAUCACAUAGGCUCCGAUGGACCAGCAGUCGUGCUCUCCUCAUAUAGCUCAGGGGAUACGGGCUACAGGUUGGCAUCUUGGUCAAAUGAUAAGCUCGUGGAGCAAGCGAUUGAAUCACUAGCUUACUUGCACGGGGAUCAAGUCUAUGAGCAAUACUCUGGCAACUCAGCGUAUCGAUGCUGGAUAAAGGACGAGAACUAUGCGGGAAGCUGGGCCUCUCCAACUCAAGAUCAACACAAAAUGUUCAUUCCAUCAUAUCAUAAGACACACGACAAUAUUAUCUUCGUUGGUGAACAUACGAGCAUAACCCAUGCGUGGGUAUUCAGUGCUCUCGAGUCAGCAGUGCGGGGAUCUGUGCAGUUGUUGUUGCACAUGGGAUUGGUCGAUGAAGCCAAACAAAUCAAUACUGAAUGGAUGGGUAGAUGGAUUACGAUAUAG